CCUUUUCUCCUUCUCCCUCUCCCUCCCUCUCUUCCCUCCCUAAGUCUCGCAUUGACCUUUGAUACCCCAAUCUUCUCUUUCCUGUGCGCAAGAAACACACACAGACGUCAACAUGGCUGUCCCCAACAUCAAGCUGAAUAGCGGCUUCGACAUGCCCCAAGUGGGCUUCGGUCUGUGGAAGGUCGACAACGCCAUCGCUGCCGACACUGUUUACGAGGCCAUCAAGGCCGGCUACCGUCUGUUCGACGGCGCCUGCGACUACGGCAACGAGGUCGAGUGUGGCGAGGGCGUCGCCCGCGCCAUCAAGGAGGGCAUCGUCAAGCGCGAGGAGCUCUUCAUCGUCUCCAAGCUAUGGAACACCUUCCACGACGGCCCCCGCGUAGAGCCCAUCGUCAAGAAGCAGCUCGCCGACUGGGGCGUCGACUACUUCGACCUUUACCUCAUCCACUUCCCCGUCGCCCUCGAGUACGUCGACCCCUCGGUCCGAUACCCUCCCGGCUGGCACUACGACGGCAAGUCCGAGAUCCGCCCCUCUAAGGCUUCCAUCCAGGAGACCUGGACCGCCUUCGAGAGCCUUGUCGAGAAGGGCCUCACCAGGAGCAUCGGCGUCUCCAACUUCCAGGGCCAGCUGCUCUAUGACCUCCUCCGCUACGCCAAGAUCCCCCCCGCCACCCUCCAGAUCGAGCACCACCCCUACCUCGUCCAGCCCGACCUGGUCAAGCUGGCCGCCAACGAGGGUAUCGCCGUCACAGCCUACUCCUCCUUUGGCCCCGCUUCCUUCAAGGAGUUCAACAUGGAGCACGCCACCGAUUUCGUCCCCCUCUUCGAAGAGCCUACCAUCACCGCUAUUGCCAAGAAGCACAACAAGGAGCCUUCUCAGGUCCUCCUCCGCUGGGCCACCCAGCGCGGCCUCGCCGUCAUCCCCAAGACCAGCCGCAAGAACAUCCUGGCCCAGAACCUGGCCGUCACCGACUUCGACCUCGAGCAGACCGACAUUGAUAAGAUCAGCGCCCUCGACAGGAAGACUCGCUUCAACCAGCCCGCCAACUACUUCUCCACUGAGAAGCUUUGGAUCUUUGGUUAAACGGUUCGCCCAUGACGUGUUGUCAAUUUUGCCUCAUUUCCUGUACCUGCAAUCAUAACAACAACAACCCUCGCCUGCGAAAGUGACCUUGUUGUACGCCCGCAGCCGGUGGGGUGAUAAACGGGAGGAAUGUCCGACGUGUGCCCAAACAGCAUACGACGCAAACCGAUUGUAUCUAGAUACCCUCUCCCUCGGCAAGACUGCGAUCUGCCGCUAAAAUACAACCAAGAGCCAUGACCCAUGA